AAUUCGGAUAUUUUUAUAUUUCUUUGUUCUGAAUUAUAACUUACAGAUACUCAAAUGAAAGUAAUGAAUCAUUCAAAACAUACUCUUUGAUAAUCUGCAAAAUCUAUUCGAAUCAAACUAUUUAUUUAUAAAACUUGAUUAUCGUCAAAUUUUCAUCCUCAGCUGCAACAUUUUACUGAUCUCUAAAAUUAAAAGUAUUUUUCGAAGUCCGUCCGUCACAACAUCACGAAUACCAGUAUGUCUCUGAGUGAAGAUUGUGAAUUGCAAGAACUCGUGAAACAAACCCUGGAAAAGUCCGGUUCCUUGUCAAAAAUCCGAGCCGAAUUACGUGCCAGUGUUUUUCUGACAUUAGAAGAAAAUGGAUGCUUUCAGAACACUUCAGCACAAAACACCAAAUUAGAGAGCUUUGCCAAGACUGCCGAUGGUGUUCUAUUGAUAUGUUUGAUACGAGAAUUUUUCGAAUAUUUUGGGUUAUCAUUCACAGCAUCUGUUUUCGAUCCUGAAUUAGCUUCGUACGGUGUUCAUUGUGAUUGUAAAGAUCGAUCCAAAUUAAGCAAUCAACUCAACGUAUCAUCCAAUGGAGAUGACUUCGAUAGACCUCUUCUGAGUCAAAUGCUCAAGAUAAUUCGUAAUAUUCAAGGCAAACCGACAAAUCAGUCGAUUAAUUCGGAUACCAUCAAAGAGUCGAAUCUAUCGAAUUGUAAGUCAUCGGACACCUCUACGGAAUAUCUUCCUUUACAAAGCGCCAGAAAUAUUAGUCACGAAGCCGAAUCGAAGAGAAAAAUUAAAAUCGACGACGCAGAUGAAAACAUCUUAACGAAAAAUGAAAAAGUCUCAGACCUCAAAGGAAAAUCACGUCAAGCUGCGAGUGAUAAAAAUACUGAAGUAACGAAGUUUAAUUUUUCUUCACUGGAAGAUUUACCACCUUUAACGUCUUCGUUUACAUCAUCUAAAAGUAAUUCCAGUUCUUUGAAUAAGUCUAAGCAAAUAAAUAUGCUGAAAGCUGCCUUGAAAGAUACGAUCAACGAUGGUGAAAAUUCUGUGACCAGCGAUGAUGAUAAAAACGAUACUCGAGAUUCGAGUAAAUUGGACGAUAGUAUAGUAGAAGAGUCUCAAAUUACUGCCGAAGAUGCUUCUAGCUGAGAUUACAGUUUUGCCAAAGGUUUAAUUUGCACAUUCAUGUUGGAAUUUUUGACGAGAUGAAAGAGUGUUACUGAUACAAAUUCAAAGCUCACUUUCGUAUAAAUUUUUGAAUACUCACUGCAGACAAGAAGUCACAAUUAAUUUAUAGACCUCAUUUAAAUUAACGAUUGUAAAUAAUCUUUUACGAAACGAUGUUCAUCGUUGGAUGAUUGAGACAGAAUUGUGUGAAAUAAAUUUUAUUUUAAUCAA